UAUUACUCGCUAUUAGCGACAUAUAGCAUUUGCGUCGGCGUUGGCUGGCCCGCCGCUUCCCCUUCCAAUUCCAGGUUGAAAUAGCCCAAUAGAACUCCACUGCACCAUAUGCUUCCACGGCCCAGUAUCACGUUUCCUUCGCAUGCGCGGGCAUAUGCUUCCUCGGCCCAGUAUCACGUACCACGACACCACGAGUCCGCAGCCUUCUCCGCUCCGCUGCAACUUCUACGUACGAUCCAAACCAAGCAGCGCAUCAAUGGCAUCGCCACCGUCGUGGUCCGAUGAUCUCCUGGAUCUCUUCACCGCCGGCCUCCAUGCGGCAUGCAGUCCCAGGCGGCGCUCCAUUGCUUCUAAGCCGUCUUCUUCGCCGUGGUCGGAACUCCCAGAGGAUAUCCUAGGCCUCGUGUUGGCCGGGCUCCCUAACCUGGCAGAUCGCGCCCGCUUCCACGCGGUGUGUCGAUCCUGGCGCUCCUCCGCUCCCCCUCCGCCGCAACUACCAUGGAUGCAGACGGUGCUACGUUCCUGGCAAGCAGUUUCCUCUCAGCUUCCAUGGCAGCAGUGGCCUUGGAAUUGGAUUCACUCCGUGUGCCGCCGUCCGUCCAUCCCCUCAUCACUGCCGCAGCGGCCUUGGAUCGUGCUGCCCGGCGGCUUCUACAAUCACGACGGUAUCUACACUUACAUUAAAGAGUGCACAGGACACGGAUCCAACGCCACUGGCAAUCAGGAGUACACCCCGUUCAAACGCUCCAACAUCAACAGCUCCUUCCCUGACAACUUGCGAUGCAAUAGUUAACAGUUACGCCAUAUGCAUGUCACAAUGCAGCAAUCGGAUACAUUUUUGUUUGGUGAUGCUGCAAUAAUAGGCGUUGUUAUCAAGCAGGUUUGUGCUGUCCACGGUGACGUAGAGACGAUGGUUUUCAUUUUGUUUUCAUUGAGCUGC